CACUACGUUAUUGUCGUCCGGAUCAGGAUGACUGGACGUAUGUCAGUAUCGAUUCACCUGGCUGCUGGUUAUGCCGCAUCGCACGAAGCAUUCCCGGCCGUGGGGAAAUCACGAGAGGGUCCGCUGAUUCGAGAUGCGCGCGGAUAAGAUGUAGUCGGAGUUACCGUUGAAGAAUGCACAGCUUCCUGCAUCUCUUCCUCGGCACGUUUACAUUCGCGACGUCCUUUUGGAUCAUCUACGGACAAGAUGAUACGACAACCGACGAAAGUAUCGUAGAGGCAACGAUACCAUCAGAAAUGAAAAUAACAUCUUGGAACGACAUGCCGUUUUCCGGAUUGGUGAAAGUAAACGGAACAUGGGUGGGAAAAGGCUACGCGUUUUCCUUGCUUGAGCUGCUUAGUUCCAAAUUAAAUUUCACAUACACAAUCGUGCCACCUAAAAAGCAUGUGCUGGGCAAUAGCCGAAGCGGAAUAUUGAGUUUACUUUACGAGAGGAAAGUAGACAUGGCGGCGGCCUUCUUGCCUAUUAUGCCGGAGUUGCGAAAGUUUUGCACGUUCAGCGUGGCUCUCGAUCAAAGCGAAUUGUCGGUAUUGAUGAAACGACCACCAGAAUCGGCGACCGGUUCGGGUCUGCUGGCGCCGUUUGAUCGAACCGUUUGGUUACUGGUGUUGACCGCGGUAGUUUCCGUAGGACCUAUUAUCUAUGUCUUCGCCACGUUCAGGGCGAAGUUGUGGAACGAUCCCAAAUCCGAGAACUACACCCUUUUCUCUUGCGUAUGGUUCGUGUACAGUUCCUUGUUGAAGCAAGGGACGAAUAUAAUCGCGACGACAGAUUCGACACGAAUUCUGUUCGCUACAUGGUGGCUAUUUAUUUUGGUUCUAACGUCUUUCUACACGGCGAAUCUUACCGCAUUUCUCACGAAGCCGCAGUUUACCUUGCCGAUUAACAGCGUGCAAGAUAUGGUGCACAAAAGUUACCAGUGGGUAACUUAUAAGGGACGUGAUCUUGACUUUUUACUUUCUCAAUAUGAAUCAGAAGAGUUACGUUUCUUAAAUACCACAAGAUGGAAGAAUCAUGAUAUUAUAUCUUAUGAAUAUCCAGUUGAAGAAAUUUUCCGAGUCAUAAAGAAGAAUAAACUAUUCCUCGGGGAUACCCAUUAUCUUCAAAGUUUGAUAUUUAAGCAUUACAUCAAUAAAACUCGUGAACACAAGACGCACCAGAUGAGAUGUACCUACGUCAUAAUGCCCAGCGCGAUUGUCGUAACCAGUAAAGCAUUCGCCUUCCCUGUGAACUCUACUUUGGAGAAACCAAUUAACAAAGAAUUGAUGGCUCUACUGGAGGCUGGUAUAGUAAAGCGUGAGAAACUGAAGAAUCUGCCAUUAGCGCAAAUGUGCCCACUGGAUCUUCGAUCCAGCGAAAGACAACUGUCGUUCUCCAAUUUAUCCUUGACAUUUGAGGUGAUAGUCGGUGGAUACACAAUCGCGAUAAUGGUCUUUAUUCUUGAGAUAACGAUCAGACAUAUGGCGAACUUCUACAAGCGACGAAAGAAGACCGGCAGAUGGUCCUGCUGCAAGUGGAAACGGAGAUCAAAGGAAUCCGUGAUCCCGCAAUUGGUAUACACCAAGAGUCAUCCGCUCAAUAAACAGGCCAAUUUGCAAAAGAUAAAUCUUCAGUCGCCAUAUCCGCACAAUGUCCUAUACGAUAUCGCUCAGAGAAAGAAGCAUUGCAUUAACGGCCGCGAUUAUUACGUCGUGAUGGAUCGCUACGGUGAUCAAAGAUUGAUACCCAUUCGCACACCGUCCGCAUUUCUAUUUCAGUACACGGCGUAGUAGAGAUACAUUUCGGAUAUUCAGCGAAUCGCGAAAAAUCAUCCAUGAAUUUAUUCGAAAUUUCAGCAGUUGAAAUUAAAUGAACCGCACAUCAAAUGUUUAUGGCUUGAAAAUUGUAUAGUCAUUAAUCAUUGCUGUCAUUUGUCGAUAUAAUCUAAUAUCAUUCGCGAAAUAACGUUUCCAAUUAUUAGAGAACGAUAAAUCUAUGUACAUUUUACAUUAAGAUAUUAAUUCUUUUUUACAUGAGAUGUCUUCAUGAAUAUAAUAUUAUAUAGAGAAAUAGGCAGACAUAUGUGAUAGUGAAAAUAUAAUUAAAAAAUAAAUAAGUUAGAAGAAACUGAGAAUACGUCUUUGCUUAUCAAAAAAUGCUUAUCAAUGAAUUCUUAAUUUUCAUA